AUGAAGCAUCUACUGACUGCACUCGUGGCCCUGCUGGGCAUCCUGCCGCGGGACGAGGUCCUGGGAUUGGGGAUGCGAACGGAUUCAGGACCUCCGUGUGCACGUCGCUAUCUGCGCAGGAUCAACGGCAAGUGCUACUACUUUUCGGUGAAGAAGAUGAACUGGUUUGGGGCCCUGAACAACUGCCUGCGCAAAGGACUGACCCUGGCCGACUUGGGCAACCAAAGGGACUUCGACGGAGCCAUCGGCUUCCUGAGCGGCCUGGGCAACACGGAGGACUUCUGGUUCGGGGGCAACGACCUGUACCACGAGGGCCGCUUCCAGUACAUCAGCAACGGGCGCCUGGUGCGCUACUACAGCAACUUCAGCAACGUGCUGCCCAUGGAGCACUCCGAGUGCGACGACUGCCUGGAGGUGCGCAUCCGGGCGCAGGUCUCCAUGGUGACGGCGGACAACUGCCAGGAGCGGCAGUACUUCAUCUGCUCGGAGCGCUACUGCGAGGACACGGACGACACCAAGAAGCCGAAGCACCACAGCCACGAGCAUCUGCACCACUUCCACCACGACAUCGGCGAGAGUGGCGACGGCGAGGCGGAGGAGGAGGCGCUGGACCGCCAGGAGCCCAUCGAAAGUGGAUCGCCGGAGAACGGGGAGCAGGACUCGGAGGAGGCGGCCGGAGCGGUGGACGUGCCGGAUUUGGACAACAAUCAGGCCAAUGCCACCACUGCCGCACCAGAAAAUCCAACAGAACAAAGAGGCGCGACGGGUGAGCCGAAAGCAAGUGAAACCCCCGAGGUCACUGAAGCUCCAGCCGCAGCCGCAGCCGCAGUCGAGGGAGGAAAUGAAAAGGGAAAAGAAGGAGCAACAACUCCUCCACCCGCCGAAGGAGUGUCUCCUGCGGAAGGAGCCGCCAUCGUGGAAGGAGCUGCCGCCCCGUCAGGACUUGCUCCACCCGCCGAAGGUGCAGCGGCCGAAGCCGCCGAAGCGGCCACUACUGCGGCAGCAACCUGAGCUGUAGAAUAUUGUCCAAAUGAUUCCCGCCUUUCCUUUCGAUCACAAAUAAACGACAGCAAAUAAUAA